CGAAACCCAAGUUUAGUAUUAUGAUGGAAAAUACCCUCGAUCCCUUUCUCUCUCCUUCAGCUUCCUUCAAACCCCAGAAUCAAUCCCUCUGCUUUCCCAAAAAUAAUCAGAAACCCUAGAAGCUCAGAGCUUCGAUCAUCAUCAUGUCUGUGCUAUUGUGCGGCAAAAGAUCGCCGGCGAGCUUCUUCGAGGACGAGUACCAUACGCCUGUUCCAGCCUCGAAGAGGAUCCGGUGCUCCGCCGCCCUCCAGUUCUCUCCGCCUCCGGCCUCGGUCACGUCACCACCUUCGACCGUUGUUUCUCCAGUUGAUCGGCUUAGGGCUCUGUUUCCUGAUAUGGAUGAGGAGUUGCUCGCGAAAGCACUUGAAGUAUCAGGCAAUGACUUGGACAUUGCGAUAAAGAAUUUAAAUAAUCUCCAUUUGGAGUCAGCGAGGGCAGAAUUAGACUUUGCUGAGAACAACAAAUCUAAUGUCAGGACUGAAGCGAAUAUUUGGUCAUCACCUGAAGCUCUGGACUCCAUGGUAUUGGACACAGUGGCCAGCCGCCUAGGAAGGUGCCUAAGUGCUGAAAGUGCACUUUGAAGUAAGUUGGGUUGUGUUAAAUAAGAGUGGCUUAGAAGUUGCAUUUUGUUUGGACACAUCCAUAGCGAAUAGACCAAUUCUGCAGUCAUUUUAGUUGUAUCCUAUAUAACUUCACUGCAAAUGUUUGGAGCAGCAAAAUCCUCGAGUAUCAUGCCCUUUCUUAGCACAGGGCUUGCUGGCAUAUACUAAUUUACAUCUUUUUUAAUAUACUUGUGAGUAUGUUGAACAUGUAAAUCAUCUACUUUCUUUUUUAUGCUUGCUUUCUGCCAAGAGUAUGUCAUAUUUCGCAGUAGAGAACACAAUGUUUCAACUCACAAUCCUAUACUUACAAUUUUAAUGACAUAACAAAGAAAAAAAAUUCAAAUGUUUAAUUCUAUUGUUCCUUAUGAUUAAGAUGGUUGUUCUUAGGAUUUUUUUUUUGUUUUCCCUAUCCCUGAGGAUGUCAUCUGUGUAGACAACAACAAAGAGUAAAUGCCCAAAAAUACUAUUCAUCCAUUUCUGGAACACUUGAGGGGCAUUUUUUAGGGCAAAUGACAUAAUGUUCUAUUCAUAAUGUCCACCAUUAGGACAACUGAAUGCUGUUAGCCUUUUGCUUUCUGCAUCCUUUUAAUUUACCAGAAUCCUGAUUUUGCAUCGGAUUUAUUGAUCUAUUUAGCAUCUCGGAUUCUGUAUAAUAUUAAUUCACUGUUGGGGAUGAAGAAAAUGUCAAAUUUGGUGGCUUCAUUUACCUUUUUAUAGUUAAUGACCAUAUGAGCAUUUACUGUUCAUUAUUGUCACAUAGAUGACAUCCUAGUGUUCUCAAAAACUAAAGAAGAACACAAAGAACACCUGAUAGCAGUAGCACAACUAUUGCUCAAUCACGUUAUUUUAUCUCUUAAAAAGAUAGCUUUAAUGAAAGAAGAUAUCAAAUUUUUAGGGAAAAAAAAAUAAAUGUGGUCAUGUUGAAUUACAAGAUCGUAUCAUUACAAAGAUCAAAGAGUUCAAAGGUAAUUGUAAAACUCUAAAAGAUCUGCAAAGCUUUCUAGGCUUACUAAAUUAUGGAAAAAAGUAUAUAUCUAAUCUCUCCGAAAAGAUUUCUUCGCUUUAGAAUAAACUUAUUGAAGAACAGAAGAAAAUAUAAAGACAAAUAAUAAUGGAGUAACUUGUUGGGAUACUGACAAAAUUAAAAUAGCACUCAAUGAUGAACAAUUACAAGAAAUUGGCAACAUCAAAAAAGAAAUAAAAGAACAAAAAAUCUUUAUCAACCACAAUCUAGAGAUACAUUAGUUAUACAAACUGAUGCUUUAGAUACACAUUGGUAAGGAAUUCUAUUUGUAAUUCCACCAAAACAUCUGCGCUUCGAAUUAGUAUCUGAGCCUGGUUCAAGGACAAAGAUCAACCAAUUAGACCCUGAAAUAUGUGCAUAUUGCUCUGGAAAAUUUAAAGGACUGGAAAAAAAUUAUGCUACAUAUGAUAAAGAAUUAUUAGCUAUCAAAACACUAUUAGUUCUUUAAAAAUAUACUUACUAUUGUCUGAGUUCAUUAUUUAAAGAGAUAAUCAAGCUGUUGCACAAUUUCUUGAAAAGAAAAUUAAUUCUUUAAUUGAGAAAAAUGUGCAAAUAAGAUGAUCCAUGGAAUUAGAGAAUUAUAUUUAAUACUAUUUGAUAUAUUACUGGAUUUACUAAUAUUGGUGCUGGCUUUCUUUUCUAGCAUGACUAGUUUCUUACCAGACAAAAAGCCCAGUAAAUGCAAAGUACCUCUUCCUCCUUAAUUUGACCUAAAGGAAAAAGGUAUGGAAGAAAUAUCCCCAAUACCUCAAAUAACUCAAAUCAUCAACAAACAUCUUAAUAUAGACAUUAAGGAAAAGUACAUUAAAAUUAUUGCCUGAUUCCUUACCAAUCUAGAAAAAUGAUUACUGAUGGAUAUAAUGAAGUACUGAGAUGAAUGAGCUUUAUAAUAAGUCUUGAUGCACAAUUUGCAAAACAAAAGUAUACUCAUCAGUUAGCGUAAUAUAUUAAAAUAAUUACCACACCUGACAAUACUUAUGAUUGUCCUUAUUGUAUCAAGUGCAUCAAGCAUGAA